AUGGCCAAGGCACUACUGCUCAUCUGCAUUAUGGUUUAUCCAGGAUCCUGUGUUCUCUGGGUGUCUCAGCCCCUUGAGAUACGCGUCCAAGAGGGCGCCCCUGCCCUUCUGCCCUGCUCCUUCAAUGCCAGCCGAGGGGCAGUGGCCAUUGGCUCUGUCACAUGGUACCAAGACAAAGUGGCCCCGGGGAUGGAGGUGAGAAACAUGACCCCAGAGUUCAGGGGCCGCGUGGCCUCUUUUGCUGUUGUUCCCCGGUUCAUCAGGGACCACACGGCAGAGCUGCUCAUACGGGACACCCAAAGCCAUGACACCGGGAUCUAUGUGUGCAGGGUGGAGGUGCUGGGCCUGGGCGUCGGAACAGGAAAUGGGACUCGGCUGGUGGUGGAGAAAGAGCCUCCUCAGCAAGCCUCCAGUUCAGAACAAGUGACCCACGUAAGCCUCCUCCUCCGAGCUGGAUUCUAUGCUCUCGGCUUUCUCUCUGUGGCCAUAGGCAGUGCCCUCUAUUAUCAGGGCAAAUCAGGACUGACAUCGAAAAGUCCAGGGACAGACUUGCUCGCACCGCCACACCCACCUGUUCUGGGCUCUGAGGCUAUGGCUGCAGCAGCUGAGAAACGAAGAUUAUCAGAGCCAAUUUGA